AUGUUCACCCUGAAGAUGCUGGUCACUACGAAUGCCGGUCUGCCAAACAUCGCUCACUCCGUUAAUGUUCGAGUUGUAGCUGCUCCUUACUGGGACUUCGACCCACCGCAAGAUAUCGAACAGUCCGAGGAGAGCACCGCUGAACUCGAAUGCCUUGCUUCAGGACAACCGGCUCCCAUUGUCAAAUGGAGUAUGAAUGGGAAACCGUUGCAU